AUGGGCAAAUACAACCUGACGGCUCUGCGUGUCCGCCAGACGGCCCUCCAGCAGAAGGCCACCGGCAAAAUCUCAAGACUUCCCAAGUGGGUGGAUGCAGUCACCGAUAUUCCUCCAGCUCAGGUCGUAGUGAGAAACCAGCCACCUCAGCAUCAGCUCGUUCGACAGCGCAUGAGGACGCUACCGGGAUCGUCGAAGUCGCAGGUCGUUUUCGAAACCCAAGAAAAGCGGACGAAGCCUAAGAAGGCGAGUCGCAUGUUCCUCCCUACCGAGAUUAAGUUCGAGGAGGAUCAGCUGCGAAAAGAGUUCUUCCGCGACCAUCCCUGGGAACUUGCAAGACCCCGGAUGUUACUGGAAACCACCGGCCGAGACUUUCAGAGAUAUGACUGGAGCCGGCUCCAGCAACCAGGGAAAAAACUAGACGGUGAAAGUGUGGUUCAACGCCAACUUUGGCUCCUGAAUAACGUUCCCAAUAUGACCAAGAGCAUGGCCUAUGAUAUUGCUCGCAGCGAAUUCUACCGUCUUCGAUUACAGGAGGAUAUUGAGCGACGAGUUUCCGCUGAGGAAGCUGAAGCCACCGGUGCCACCUUUGGGCCAACCCGUCUGGAAAUUGGUAUGGAACUUGAGAACAAGGAAUAUGAACGCUGGAAGGAAUGGGCGAAGGUGGAAGCCCAAAUCCAAGGUCAGAGAGCAGCCGCAUUUGUCGGUGCUCCAGAGAUCUCGAGUCUGGAAGAGACUCUGGAGGCGGACGAAGGCGCCAACGCGAAGGCACCUUAG